AGAAAAAGAGGGAGAGAGGGGGUGUGGGGGAACCACAAAUAGCUAGAGAAGUAUGCCAUCUGUUUUGAGUAGAUGUUGCUCUCACUGCCGACAGAUUCCAACCCUUCUUCUUCCAUAACUAAACCCACCACCAAUCCUCCCUCUCUCUCUCUCCCCCUUGUGUCCUGAUGGGCUUUCCCCAAGAAAUGCCGUUUUCCGGUGACACUUUGCCCGGUGGCGCGUUCAACGACUUCCUCUCAGACGAGAGAAAUUUCUCCGGGGAAGCUGGAAUAGAGUGGCUAUCCGCUUUCGUGGAGGACUGCUUCUCUGGCGGCGGCAGCGGCCACAAUCCAGGGGCUACCCAAGUGGGGAGCAUGGUGGACGUGGCGGCGUCGAGUACCAUAGACGCUCGAAAGCCGGUGAAGCCGCGGACCAAGCGCAGGAGGCAGACGGGCACCCCAAGUGGGUGGUCCAACGAAGAUGAAGAAGAGGAGGAGGAAGAGGAAGGAGAAGAGAGACAGGAAGAAGAACAAGAGUGGGAUAAGGGUAUGGAAGGCUACGACCCUCCAUUGCUGGACCAGGCCUACUGGCUCGCAGACAGCGAGCUCAUAGUCCAGAAGAAAAUCAAGGAGGUGGAAGACAGUCACAUCGAGGAAGGGUCGAAGGCCGAGGAUAACGGGAGCGCCUCCCCCACUCCUUCUGCCGCUGCUGCUGCUGCGGCUGGUGGUGGCUCGAAUGACAGCUUGGAAGGGAGCAACGGGCAGCAGCAGCAGCAGCAGCCGAGGCGGUGCAGCCACUGCCUGGCUCAGAGGACGCCUCAGUGGCGGGCCGGCCCCCUCGGGCCCAAGACCCUCUGCAAUGCAUGCGGCGUCAGGUUCAAGUCCGGCCGGCUGCUGCCCGAGUACCGGCCCGCCAAGAGCCCCACUUUUGUUAGUUACAAGCAUUCCAAUUCUCACAAGAAAGUCAUGGAGAUGAGGAUGUCCAUGUCCGUUGCUUCCGAUUGAAUGAAGUUAAACUCAUUCCCCUUCUUCUUCUUC